AUGCUUGCCUCCCCUGUGAAGACUCUGAGUUGGGAAACUCACCGACAGAGGAGCCAAUUCCAGUUCCGAGUCCUGCAAGAAGAAAGCCCACUCUGCCCUGCCAUCGCAAAGGAGGUCGAAUACCUCACGCACAUUCCUCCAGUACAAUACGACCGUAACACAUAUUUUGAGAGCUCGCUGUCGCACCAACGAAUCCCGAUGCCAUCGAUGAAUACCGCUGACUACUGGGAGAAGAAGGGCGUCGCAGGCCUGAUUUCUCGUGCUGUGCUACGUAUGCUGCAAUGUAUAUUCGCUAUCGUUGUGGCGGUCUUGUACGGACUUGACCUUCAACAAGCGACAAAAAACAAUGCCAAGGCAGGCUCAUCUUGGGUCUACGCCGAGUUUGUAACCGGACUGUCCAUGAUCGUCUGUAUCGUGCAUCUGUUCUUCACGACGGCUGUAUGGUACUGGGGCUUGCUGGAUGCUCUAGUCUCCAUUCUAUGGCUGGCACAGUUUGGGAUAUCCGCUUCGAUUUAUCUGGGCUCGGGAGAGCCAGAAGGAGAUAAAGCAUUUGCGCCACCAGAGUCACGUGGCAGGAUGCGAUCAGCUGUCUGGGUUAAUCUCAUCAGCCUUCUCUUGUGGCUCGCGACAACAGUACAGGGUAUCAUGGGGUGCUGCGCUCGUCGAAAGAGAGCGCGACAGAAGGGCAAGUCUACCGAGCUGGGUUCGGUGGCUCUUGGCAUCGCCUCCGGGCGCUAUUUCAUUUCUGGUAUUUGCGGCUUCUUUUUACCUCGACAUUCCGGCUUCGCGAACCUUCGACAAUCCGGGCUCUGCGCCCCUCGACUUCCCGUACGACCGACCUCUGCAGCCCUGGCUGCCCAGACGACAUUCGCGGCAUCUUGCCGCUCGACAUUGAGGGUCGUCGCACCCUCACCCUCACCCUCAUCUGCAGCUUUGCGCUGGCUCGACCGACCUCUGCAGCUUUUGCUGCCCGAACAACACCAGCAGCCGCUAGCUGCUCGACUUCUUGGGCCCUCUGGUGCCCCCUUAUCUCGACGCACGGGCCCCAAAUGGCUCACUGCCCUUUUUGCAGCUCGGACGCUGCAUGACCGAUCUCUGCAGUCACAUACUGCCCAGAGAACGUCUUCUUCUUUGCAGCCUCGGCUGCCGCCCGGAACACGACCGGGCUUCGACGAUUUGUCUCACUGGCUGAGACCACUUGACAAAACCGCUGGGUCGAAAUGGUACAGAGCUUACCUGGAGACCGUGGAAUGAGGCGACUGCCUCGUCCACAGAGCAGCGUUCUAGCCGCCUUGAGUUUUUCUCCUGCGAGGGUUUUCCCCAAGGAUGCACGGUUCUGGGUUGUAGCUACUGGCGAUCUUAGGGAUCAUGGAUUUCCUGCUUUAGGGUAUGGAAAGCUACUUGAUCUGUCUGUGCAAGAGAAUUCUAGGCUGGAGAGG